UUGAUGAGUAGUUAUGGGGCCUGGGUAUAUAACUAGGACCUACCGUCUGCGACAAAAAAGAAGAGGUGGCCUUUAUCUAGAUUUGCGAUUCCUUGGCCUUAGGUUCUCAGAGAUGUACACUUCAGUUUGUUUGUGGUUAACUUCUUUGGUUUUCUUGUUCGUCUCAUGUAGAGGAGAACUUGAGCUUGCCGGGGAGAAAGAAGUGAAAAAUGUCAGGGCAUGGAACCCACCUGAACUCAUCCGAGUUGGCAUGUAUUGGAAGAGUUUUGCCAAACGACGACUUGACGCCUUGGACCGUUGCGAGAGAAGACUCGCAAUCUACGUCGAGAGGCUGAAGAUGGCGCAAGACAUUCUUGGUGGAUUGGCUAAGCGUAACGUCAACUUAGACGUGGCCCAGAUCAAAACAUUAAAACAAGAGACCUCUGUGGCGGAACUCAGUUUGUUGGAGUGUGUCAAUCAAAUCACAAAACAGAAUCCUUUGGAUCCAUUCUAUAAAGACUAUCAGCUUUUGUCACAUGAUCUCCAACGUCUGACCGACCAAGUGGCGUCUUGUAUAGAAGCAGGAGGUGCCGUGUCCCAAGGCAAGAGGCAAGUCUUGGAGCAAGUGGACAUACAGGUUGUUCCGGAAAGUUCUCCACAAAUGAGAAGAGUUUAUGAAAACAUGAAGAUCAAACAGCAAACAAAACUCUCGGAAAAGGCGGAAUGUUUUUCCUCGUUGGCUAUCCCGAGCAACUUUCCUGUCCAGUUGGAGUGAUGUGAUGACUGUGAGGCACCGGUGGUUGAUUAAAAGGGCUGACGAAUCUUUCUACCACAAUAACAACUUCUUCCAACGAAACAUUCUGAAAAUCAUCUUCCAAGAAGUCAAGAUAGAUUUUAAAAAAAAUGAUGGUUUUAUUUGUUAAUAAUUACAGAAUAAAGAAUUUAAUAUAUUU